AUCAACCGACGACACACGCGGCCUAUAUAUCGACUCAGAUCUCUCUCUCAUUAUCCACUAGAAACUCCCGAUGGCGCUUCUCAACGUCUCCAUGUGCUCCAAAAUCCCAAACCCUUCCCGCCAACACCUCUCCCUCUCCGGCUAUCCUCCGCCCCAGGUACUCAAGACUCAAUCCGAAGCUUCCAGAAACCUUGCGCUGCAAAUCGGAGAAUCCGUCUGCAAGGCCAGCCUGAUCGCCGCGCUCUCUGCUUCUCUGUUCGCGGCCGACCCUGCGCUCGCCUAUAUCGGUGGAGGUCCGUACGGUUCAGAGGUGACUAGGGGGCAGGACCUUACCGGGAAGGACUUCAGCGGCUUGACUUUGGUCAAGCAAGACUUCAAAACGUCCAUAUUGAGGCAGGCGAAUUUUCAUGCCGCAAAGUUGUUAGGAGCUAGCUUUUUUGAUGCUGAUUUAACAGGGGCUGAUCUUUCUGAUGCUGAUCUAAGAGGUGCAGACUUUUCCUUGGCCAAUGUGACAAAGGUAAAUUUGAGCAAUGCUAACUUGGAAGGUGCAUUUACUACAGGCAACACAUCUUUCAAAGGAUCAACUAUCACAGGUGCAGACUUCACGGAUGUUCCUUUGAGAGAUGAUCAGCGGGAAUAUCUUUGCAAAAUUGCUGAUGGGGUAAAUCCAACAACCGGAAAUGAAACACGUGAAACCUUGUUUUGCAAAUAAUACUUCAUUCGAUGCGGAAUUCAAAUGUAGGAGGUCAUUGUGAAUUUGUGAUGGAAAUGGUGAUAUACUGAUAUGCAAAAGCCAAUUUUCGUGAAACAAGUGAACGAGAACUUGUAAAGCAACUAUGCCUUUCAUUUAUCCAGAAGUAUAUGCGUAGACAUAUUAUAGACCAGAGAUUGUUCUUUUUGUAAAUUCCAUAUCAAGGACCAUCUACUGAUUAAACAUCAUAGACUGUUGAAUUUCUACUCUUGGGGUGAUUC